AUGGCUCGCUACGCCGUUGUCGCCUUCGCUCUUCUCGCUCUCUUCGCCGUGUGCCACGCGCGGCCCGCACCGCUCGACGACGAUAUCACCGAUAACACCGUUGUUCCCGAUCUCAAGGGACUCUCCAGGGAGAAGAUUCAGGAGCUUGCGUUGACAGAUCUGGCCGCAUGGGACGAGGAGGACAACGGCGUGAGCGCCGCUGAGGCUGAUAAGAUCGUUGUUGACGAGGAUAACACCGUUGCUGCCACUGACGACGCCGCCGACGACUCCGACAAUACCGUGGCUGCUUCUAGCGAGGAUGUCGCCGAUUCCGACAACUCCGUCGUCGUCGCGCCUGUUGUUGAUGAUGACAAUACCGUGGCUGUUGCCGAGCCUGCUGACUCGGACAACACCGUGGCUGUGGUGGCUGCCGAGCCUGAGGAUGACGUUGUUGCUGCGAUGCCAGAGGACAACGUUGCUACCGCUUCCGCCGCCAAGUCGACCGACAUGGGUAUCGCCAUGGUGGUGUAA